AGAACUAUGGGACUUGAGGGAGCAGAGACAGCUGUACAGCCACAAGUGACCCUGCUGCCUACAGUCAAUGGGAGUAACCCAAGAUACGAUGGUGUGGAUGGCCACUGGCCAGAGAGCCCAGAGAGGUCACCCUGUGUGGCUGGUAUCAUACCUGUCAUCUAUUACAGUGUCCUGCUGAGCCUGGGGCUGCCUGUCAACGUCCUGACUACAGUGGCACUGGCCCGCCUUGCUGCCAGGACCAGGAAACCCUCCUACCACUAUCUCCUGGCACUCACGGCUUCAGAUAUCGUCACCCAAGUGAUCAUCGUCUUCGUAGGCUUCCUCCUGCAGGGAGCUGUGCUGGCCCGCCAGGUGCCGCAGGCGGUGGUGCGCACAGCUAACAUUCUGGAGUUUGCUGCCAAUCACGCCUCAGUCUGGAUUGCAGUCUUGUUCACUGUGGAUCGCUACAACGCCCUAUGCCGCCCCCUACGCCAUCGGGCCACCUCGUCCCCAGGCCGGACCCACCGCGCUAUUGCCGCUGUCCUUGGCGUUACCCUCCUGACCGGCAUCCCAUUCUACUGGUGGCUGGAUGUGUGGAGGGAUGCAGACCCUCCUAGCACUAUGGACAAACUCCUCAAGUGGGCUCACUGCCUCAUCGUCUACUUCAUUCCCUGCAAUGUUUUCCUGGUCACCAACUCUGCCAUCAUCCUUCGGCUACGGAAGAGGGGCCAGAGAGGGCUGCGGCCGUCGGUGAACAAGAGCACGGCCAUCCUCCUGGGUGUCACCUCCCUCUUCGCCCUCCUCUGGGCACCUCGCAUUAUUGUCAUGCUGUACCAUCUGUAUGUGGCCCCUGUUCACCGGGAUUGGAGGGUUCACCUGGCCUUGGACAUAGCCAACAUGUUGGCCAUGCUCAACACAGAGGUCAACUUUGGCCUCUGUUGCUUCAUCAGCAAGACUUUCAGAGCCACUGUCCGACAGGUCAUCCGUGAUGUCCACAUGGCUUGCACCUUAAAGUCACAGCCAAAGGGAACGGUGGUGGAACUCGUGCUGAAGUCCGUAGGGACAGAGCUGUAG